AUGGAUACAAAAAAUAGUCUAAAUGAUCACCAAUUAAAUAUUGAUCAAAGUGAUAACUCUCUUGCAAAUAUACCAGCAGAGAACAAUUUAAAUCUGACUCAUCUCCAAAAUAACUCUCAAAAUAUUGAUAUUUUAACAAUUAAUGCUGAUAAUUUUAAUAAUGAUGAUAAUAUUAAUAACCAUAUUGACAGUAGUGAAUUAAAUAUAAAGGUGACUUCUGACCAAAAAUCAACAAAUCAAAGUGAUGAUUUUGGUUCCAGAUCUAAUCUAGACCAAUUAAUUAAGCAUCCGCUGUUAGAUAAUUUUAAUCCAAAACCUGGACUUUUUCAGAAACUGAUUCAUUCUCGUGACUCUAAAACUCUUAAAGAGUAUAUUUUUAGCCCAAUGAGGUGUAUUAUUAACGAGAGAGAUGCAUCGGGAUGUACUGCUCUUCACAUUGCACUUUUAAAUGCUUAUCCAGAAAUGCUGGAGAUCCUUUUAAGUUGUCAAUCUGAAGAUUUAAAAUCUAAUAACAAUGUUGAAAAUACUGCUAUUGCUGGUGAUACUUUAUCACAUAACGGUUACCAAAAUAAUAUGAUUCCAAUCGAUUUAUCUAUUCCAUAUGCUGGUAUUCCAAUUUCUCACCUGGUGCUCUGUAAAGCUAUUUUUCCAGAGAGAUAUGACGAUUGUUUGAAUUGUUUGUAUCUUCUUUUACCUUUUACAUUAACCCACAGUACUUCUCAAAAUGAGUCAUGGCUUGACAUUAACGCUACAGACCAGCUUGGACUCACUGCUUUGCAUUUAGCAUGUAGUUUUGGUGAUUCAAAGAUUGUCUCUCUAUUACUGGAAUACGGUGCAUUGGCAAAUAUUUCUGAUUUGAAUAAUAAUGAGCCAGUUCACUAUGCAAUAUCAAGUAGAGAUCCUGUUACACUUUCGGUGAUACUUUCAAGUGGAGGAGCUGAUCCAUUAAAGGAAUCGACAUGUACAGCAAACUUAAUAAAAUGUUGUAUUGAUAAGUCAGCUUGGAGAUGUCUCCAUACACUGCUAACAGAUUCAGAAUAUCAACAACAUCCUAUUUCUGAGAGUGAAUAUGACUUACUUUCCUUUCAUGCACAAAAGCUUGGAUUGGGAUCAGAAUUUGAAAGAGUGUUUUCUUUAGCCAUUGAAAUAGCUAGUAAUGAUGAACCCAGCCAAAGAGGGGGAAUAGAAGGAGGAAAUGAAAGCUUUAUUGUGGAUGGUCCUGCAGUGGGGCUAGCUUCAACUAGAAUUUUUACGCACAGCUGCUGUAUUGACCAUAUUGCUCUUCCAGAACCAAUGGAUAUGCCAAUUAGACGUUCUAAGUUGGUGAAUAAAACUCCAGAAAAUCCAACACGUAUGGAGGUAUUAGUUAAACCAAAUGUUGGAAUCUUAAAAAGUAGUGAGUUUUCCCUUUUACAGUGGACUGAGUCAUGCAAACCUGCAGUUUUGUCAGAUAUUCUUAGAGUUCAUGACUGGGCAUAUGUUCGUUUACUACAACAUAAGAUUGAGGAGAGCCGGCUAAUCUGGGAUCAAAAACCAUACCUUACUGGAUCUAUUGAUGAUGAUACUCAAAUAACUCCUGGAUCUUGGAAAGCAGCUUUACAUGCCAGCGGUUCAGUUAUUAGUGCUGUUGAUUGUAUUUGUAGAGGAGAAAAUCGAAAUGCAUUUUGUGCUAUAAGACCUCCUGGGCAUCAUCUUGGAACAUGGGGAGCUGCACAAAAAGUUGGGACUGAUGAAGGAGUUCCCUCAGGAUCACAAGGAUUUUGUUUAUUGAAUAACGUUGCAAUAGGAGCGGCUUAUUGUAGAUAUAUGUAUUCUAGUUCAGGGAUUUCGAAGAUUGCCAUUGUGGAUUUUGAUGUGCAUCAUGGCAAUGGUACUGAACAGAUUGUUAGAAACGUAGCCCCUAAAAGUAGGACUAUCAAAACUUUAGUUAAUCCUGUUCCUGGUGUUAAUUUAAAUUUUGAACAGGAUAUAUCUUAUUAUAAGAUUUGGAGGGAUGAGCUUGAUGCAGAAAAUAUAUUCUUCUCAAGUAUACAUGCAUAUGAUGGGACGUUUUAUCCAGGUACAGGGCCAGACCAAUGUAUUUCUAAGCCAAAUAUUAUUAAUAUUGGGCUUUCAGAGAAGAGCAAUUCAAAAAUCUUUAGAAGCAAAAUAAAGAGAUUUUUGUUACCAAAACUUCUCCAGUUUAGACCUGACAUUAUCUUUAUUUCGGCAGGAUUUGAUGGCCAUGCCAUAGAUAUUGUUGGAAAAGGAUUCAUUUCGUGCACUGAGGGAGAUUAUGCAUGGAUAACACAGCAGCUAAUAAGUAUUGCAAAUCUCUGUUGUAAUGGAAGAAUUGUUUCAGUUUUGGAAGGAGGAUAUAAUACAAAAGCUUUAACUCUUUCACCAUUAGCAAGAUCUGUUGCUGCUCAUGUGAGAACUUUACAAUGGACUUCUCCGAAUUUGAUGCCAAAUCCACAAGAAUGGGAAGAUGAAAUCUUGACCGAGGAUAAUGAGGAUGAGGAUCUUGAAAAUGAAGAUGAUGAUAUGACUUCUGUUAGAGGUUCUGGAGUUUUUGAUACCUACGUUGAUAGUAAUUUGGUAGCUUUUGGUAAUUCAGAUAUUGGUAAUUCUGAUAAUUUGAACUAUUCUAGCAGUUCUAAUCACUACGUUUUUGGUGCUGGAGCAUCUUGUUCUCCAAGCUUGAAAAGAUAUAAAUCUCAAGAAAAGGGUCAAGUGGACGAAAACCCACAUAAUAACAAUAGUUCAUCUUCAGCUGGAUUUCCGGAAUCUCAGGUGAGAAGCUAUGAAGUUAAUAUUGACAAUAAAGUCGCCAAUAUUAAUGCUACCAGUGUUAUUAGGCCGAGGCGAGCAGCAGCAAUUAAAGCUGAAGAAAGUAUCCAAAAAAAAAUUCAAUCUGAAUUGGAUUCUUCAAAACAAAUUAAUGAUAGGAUUUUGAACGAAAAUAUUUAA